CUCAAAAUUGAUACCUUUUAAGAUUAAAAUUGAAAAAAUCCCAGAAAAUGAAACAAAUACCCAAAUACCCAAAUUGAAUAAUAUUAAUUGUGCACGGUUGUUACAUGCGCGAAUUGAGCCGGCUCAAAUUAACGGUUUCAUUAUAAAGUUGUCUCUUCUAAGACUAGCUGUUUAAGAAUUUGUGUUUCAAAUAACCCAAAUAAACUUUGCUGACCAUCGGCUCUCAACCAGUGGUUUUUAAAUGGCCCAAGGCCCAUAUAGAAUCAGGAAUUUAGAUUUAGCUGAUUAAUAAAAACCCUAAUCUCUUGUUGAGAUUUCUCUCAUUCGCAAGCCGCCCUUCAUUCUUCUGUUCUACAAUUCUUCUCUUCAGAGAGUUCGUCGGUGAGAAGAAAUAGCAGCGGCUUGGAAGCCUCAACACUUUCGAAAAUGUCUUUGGUGGCGAAUGAAGAUUUCCAGCAUAUUUUGCGUUUGUUGAACACUAACGUUGACGGUAAACAGAAAAUCAUGUUUGCCAUGACCUCAAUCAAGGGUAUUGGAAGGCGUUAUGCCAAUAUUUGCUGCAAGAAAGCUGAUAUUGAUAUGAACAAGAGGGCUGGUGAGCUCACUGCUGCUGAGCUUGACAACUUGAUGACUGUUGUAGCAAACCCUAGGCAAUUCAAGAUCCCAGACUGGUUUCUCAACAGGCAGAAGGACUACAAGGAUGGUAGAUUCAGUCAGGUUGUAUCAAAUCAACUUGACAUGAAACUCAGGGAUGACCUUGAGCGUCUGAAGAAGAUCAGAAACCAUCGAGGUCUCCGUCAUUACUGGGGUUUGAGAGUUCGUGGUCAACACACCAAGACAACUGGUCGUAGGGGUAAGACUGUUGGUGUCUCCAAGAAGCGUUGAGGACUUGUGGUUGUUUCUUUAUGGAUUUUCUUUACAAAUUAUCUCUUGUUGUUAUCUAAACCUAGAAUGAGUAUGACACAAGUAAUGCUGUUUUGGCCCAUUGAGGCAGACUUUAUGUUAUUUUUGUAGAUCAUAGCUUUCAACUCUUGAUUCUUUGUUUGAAAGGGGUUGGUUUUUGCAGACA